UGAGAGUGAUGCAGAGGAUCACUGAGUGAUACGAUGUAUCCUUGAUACUUACUACACAAAGAAACAGUGCUAUGGUUGCCCCCCGUGCCAUGAGUUCUUCCUCCUUUGGUGAUAUAGCUGACGAUUCAACUGGUUCAGUUGUGUUUCCUCGGAUCAAUCUCAAAGAUCCAUACAAGCGGCUUGGGAUAAGCCGGAUGGCCUCAGUCCUCAGAGGACGAGAUUCAAGGAGCGAGGAACUUUCUCAUUCACAAGUACGCUGCUCACAAACCCACGCUAUCGAAUCAGCUCAUGACAAGAUUAUCAUGCACAAGUUCCAUCAGAGAAAGCACCCAAAGUUCGACUUAACCAAGAAGGUCCGGGAAUUGAGACAGUCCAAAGCUGUCAACUUUUUCUUCGACAGAUUCCAAACUCCUGCCACUGCUUUCCUCGUCAAAACGGCAGUCACCUUUGCAGUUCUCGGUGCUCUCACGGUGAUAGCUACGUUUUACUUCAUCCACCAGAGGUGAAGAAGAAGAAGCUCUGGUCUUUCCUUUACGGGAGUGGAUCUUUCAUCUUCUCGUGGCUGAUUGGGACCUUCUUGAUGGUAUCUGUGAUCCCGCCCUUCAUCAAAGGACCAAGAGGUUUUGAAGUCAUGUCUUCGCUCUUAAGCUAUGUUUUGCUCUGGGUGUCUUCCAGCUACCUUAGAUGAGGGAAGGAAGGUGAGGGGAUGAAGAUGGCUACAGGAGAGGAUCAGAUGCAAGGAUCUAGCGGGAGGGAAGAAAAGAUUUUUGUUUCUGUUCGUCUGAGGCCAUUAAGCGUUAGAGAAAGGGUAAGGAACGAUGUGGCGGAUUGGGAGUGUAUCAAUGAUGAAACGGUCAUUUACAGGAGCCAUCUUUCCCUUUCCGAGCGUUCCAUGUACCCCACUGCCUACACCUUUGACAGAGUCUUUGGCCCUGAGUGUUGUACCAAGGAUGUGUAUGAUCAAGGCGCGAAGGAUGUCGCUCUCUCUGUUGUUAGUGGGGUUCAUGCUAGUGUCUUUGCAUAUGGACAAACAAGCAGUGGAAAGACAUACACUAUGAGUGGAAUUACUGAUUACGCCUUGGCCGAUAUAUAUGACUACAUUGACAAGCACAAGGAAAGAGAAUUCGUUCUGAAAUUCUCAGCUAUGGAAAUCUAUAAUGAAUCUGUAAGAGACCUCUUGAGCACAGACAUUAGUCCACUCAGACUUCUAGAUGAUCCCGAGAAAGGGACAGUUGUUGAGAAACUCACUGAGGAAACUCUGCGGGACUGGAAUCAUUUUAAGGAGCUUUUAUCAAUCUGUAUAGCUCAACGACAAAUUGGAGAGACAGCUUUAAAUGAAGUUAGUUCCCGCUCCCAUCAGAUUCUGAGAUUGACGGUCGAAAGCACAGCACGUGAAUAUUUGGCGAAUGGAAAAUUUAGUACACUCACAGCUACAGUGAAUUUUAUUGAUCUUGCGGGAAGCGAGCGUGCGUCUCAAUCAUUAUCAGCUGGCACAAGGUUGAAAGAAGGUGGUCAUAUAAACCGAAGUUUACUAACACUAGGAACUGUCAUUCGAAAGCUAAGUAAAGAAAAAACAGGGCACAUUCCAUUCAGAGAUUCAAAGCUGACACGCAUACUUCAGACGUCGUUGGGAGGAAACGCCAGAACCGCAAUAAUCUGCACCCUGAGUCCUGCGGGAAUCCACGUCGAGCAAUCAAGAAACACACUGUUAUUCGCAAGCUGUGCAAAGGAGGUGGCAACAAAUGCACAGGUGAACGUCGUCAUGUCUGAUAAAGUUCUGGUUAAACAUUUACAAAGGGAGUUGGCUAAACUGGAGAGUGAGUUGAAAAGCCCUCGUCAAGCUCUUGUUGUGUCUGACACAACUGCAUUACUGAUGGAGAAGGACCUUCAGAUUGAAAAGCUAAAUAAAGAGGUGUUCCAGCUAGCACAGCUAUUAGAGCGGGCUUACUCUCGGAUUGAGGAUCUCCAACAAGUUACUGGAGAAGCAGCACCAAGAAAAGAGAUAUUAUUAUCAACAGACUCAGAACAUCCAAAUGUGGUAGUUGGACAUCAAUACCCGAAGCUGCGGGUGCGAAGUUCAUGGGAAUCUCUAAAUAUAACACCAGAAAGCCCUGCUCAUCCGUCUAGUAGGAUUUCCCCACAAUCAACCGAGCACGAGAAUGUCUUCCAGCUUUCAGACUUUAGGAUAGAAUCUGGUGCUGCUGGUACAACUAGCCCACCGGGGAAAUUCACUAAAGUUCCACUUAAUAAUAUUCGUGAGGCAGAAAGUAAAAACGAACCGCACAUUCACAAGGGGGAACCUGUAGAUCAGUCUUGUUGUGUUCAGGAGGAGAGAAUUGAGGAACCAAGUGAGGUGGAUUCUGAAGAUACUUGUACGGAACUUCGAUGCAUAGAAACAGAGCCAAACAUGCUUCCGGUAUGUGUACAAGAUUCAAAGAACAUAAGACCACCAACGGAAACUGAAGAAGAAGAAGAAGUAAAGGAAGUUAGUGCUGUCUUUAUCCAACCAAAAGAAAAAAGUGAACCGACUAAAGUCUCUUCAGGUUUUGUUCUGUCACUAACUGACAAAUCAAUUCCCCUCAUAAGAGACCAUACAAAUCCAGAUUCUGCCACUAUGUCUCCUGAAAAGCCUUAUGAUUGGCAUCUUGAGAAGGAUGUAAGAAACAUGGAGCAUACUGGAAGCCAAAGCUGCGGAACAAGCUUUGUGUCGAGUUCUUCCUCUGCUUUGUACGAGUAUGAGAGAGAUGCCGACACACCACCAAGAUGGUAUCUGAAAGAAAGCAACCUGAAACCGUCUAACAUCAAGAGGCCGCCAAUACCAAAGCAUUUUGGCCAGAUGAGCAUGCCAGCAACUUGGUUGGAGAAAAAGAGAAAGUCAUCACUGAAUAAUAGCUCACAUGUGUCUUCCUCUAGCGCUCCUGUUUUUGAGCGUCAGAGAAGUGGCAGAGCUUUGGAAGGUGAAGAGACUGCUCCUCAAAGGGACAAGCGAAUCAUUCAUUUAUCGAUGGAGGAAAUAGAAGAGAAGUUUUUGGCGCUGAGAUCACCAAAGAGUUUCAAGGACGCAGCAGUGGACCCCAUACAAGACUAUUUAACUUCGCCAUUGAACUGGUCGAUGGAGUUCAACAGACUAGAGAUGGAGAUAAUAGAGCUGUGGCAUGCUUGCAACGUGUCCAUGGCACACAGAAGUUACUUCUUCCUUCUCUUCAGAGGAGAUCAGAAAGAUUGCUUGUACAUGGAAGUAGAACUCCGUAGGCUCAAGUACAUCAGAGAAACCUUUACCAACAAUAACAAAACUAUUGAAAACGGACGCACGCUUACACCAAUGUCCAGCUUGAGGGCGUUGAACAGGGAGAGGUACAAGCUGAGUCAGAUGAUGCAGAAGAAACUGAGCAAAGAAGAGAGAGAGAACCUGUUCUUGAGAUGGGGAAUUGCGCUGAACACAAAGCACAGGAGGCUUCAGCUGGCGCACCGUCUAUGGUCAGAGAACAAAGACAUGGAACAUGUCCGAGAGAGCGCCUCUGUUGUGGGGAAGCUGAUGGGGUUCGUUGACAUGGAUUUGGCGUCAAAGGAGAUGUAUGGCCUCAACUUCUCUAUUAAACCCCGUCCCAAGAAAUCCAGCCUGUGGAAACGGAGCGUUUUGUCGCUCUCCAUACUGUAAUGCAGAGUACUGAAUUGAAAAUGGUGUGUGUAAGCUUCUGUGAGAAGUACAGUCGCGUUAUGUAAAUUUUGAUUUGGCUCUGAGACCGAGAGUCAACGAUCUCAAAUGUUUUUUUCAAAAUGCUAAUUCGCCAAAAUUUCGUUGAUAUUUU